AUGACAAAAGAGGAGGAAGAGGAAGUGAAGCCAUCAUCAAGUGAUGCGAUCAUUGCAUCACUGAUCAACGAAGUACGCAAGACGAAUGAGUGUGCAAUAGAGGCAGAAAGUGAUGGAAGCCUUUCAUCUCCACAUGGAUAUAACAAGGAAUUAAAACGACACAAAGACAAGAAAUAUAAAAAGAACAAGAAGUCAAAGUAUAAAUUACGAUCCAAAUCAAAGUCACCAUCACGCAAGAGGAAGAAACAUCGAAGUCGUAGUCGCUCUGAAAGUAUGGAAGAGAAAAUCUGUCAUGCAAACAUUCAGAAAUUUGUUACUUAUACUGUACCACCAUCCGUUGAAGCUGUUAUGGAAAAGAUCUCAGAUGAUGAGGAUGAUCUCCCUGUUGGUGCAGACUUCCUCAGUGUUAAUGCUAGCAGUUCAAAAAUGGAUGGAAAAACUGCGCUAUUUCAAGAUAUUUCUAGUGCCGUACAAAAUAAAACAAAAGAAUUUAAUGUUAAUGAAGAAGUGUUUCCUUUGGCUAAAAAGAAAAAGAAGUCAGAAAGUCCACCUGUGUUGAAGAAGCCACGACCUUUAUCGGAAAUACUAGCGAAGGUACGAGCAGAAAGAGAUAAUACGUUUUUGCCACGUAAUAUCAAAUUGAAGCAAGAAAAUGGAAAAAGUAUUGGCGGGUCAACCACAGAUGUGGUCAGUCAUACAAUUCCAAAGACCGAUGAUAGUAGGCAUGAUAACAUUGAGUAUGGACCAAGACCAUUGGAAGCUCUUGGGACACAGCCAAUCUCCGAAGAUGAGGAUGAAUUACAGUUGUCGCCUCUUAAAAUCAAACAUACUGAAGCUUCAAAAUCUAUCAAAAUUGUUACCAUAAGCAAAGUGCUAUUCGGUGAUCAGAAAAGAAGUCAAAUGGUAAAGGAUGGAGAAAUUCCAGUAAGUGAUGCAAAUGCGGGACCUUCUUUUUCAAAUGAUGACAUCGUUGACGAAUUGGUUGCUGAAAAACAUUCAAAAUCGGAACGAAGGAUGAGUGGAAAUGAAAGUGAGACAAGAAGAAAAACAGAUGAAAAGAAAAGGAAAAAAGAAAAGAAAGAUAAGAAGCACGGAAAGCGAUAUUCAAAACGCAGCAGUUCGUUAUCAUCGGAUAGUGAAAAGGAAUGGAAACUUUUGGAAAAGAAGAACAAAGUGAAGGAGCAUUUACGAUACUCAGGACGGGAAUUUGACAAAACUCGUAGGCGACCUGGCAGUCUUUAUGUACAGUCGUAUUACGUAGAUAGUAACAAAAGAAUACAUGAAGGUUCGAAGUGGCAAUGGAAUCGUGGAGAAAAAGAUGUCAAAGAAAAAACUAGUGCACUUUCAUUACACACACGUUCAAAAGGAUGGAGACAGAUUCGCUCAACAAGAAGCCCUUAUUUGGAACGCAAGCGAAAGCGGUCACCAUCAAGCUCGUGUUCACGUUCACGUUCACAUUCACAUACAAGGUCGUUAUCAAGUACUUCAUCACGAAGCUCUCAUUCAUCUUACUAUCGUAAAGUCCGAAGCUCUUAUCGUGGUCAUAAUUAUUAUCAUUAUCAUCGGAAUCGAGAAAGUAGCAGUAAGCGGCGAAGUGAUGAUGAAUCAAAUGGUCAUAAAAUUGACAAAAAGAAAUUACUAGAGAUUGCACAAAGAAAUGCUGCUCAAAUGGCACAACUUGGUUAUUUACCGAAUGCCCCAUUUGAAGCAAAAGCCCAACUGAAAGCAGGUGCACAAUCUGUCGAUCAACUUGUUGAUUUUUGUCAGAAAUUACAACGGUCGCAAGAUAAAGCUGAACGUCAUGAGAAAGGCGAGUUAGUAUCUAGUGAUGAAGACUUGGCGCCGAGAAAGAAAAAAAUCGAAGAUGAUACUGAUUUCUUGAAACAUCCAUUUGCUCUGAAGCCCGCUGCUCCAAUCACUAUUAAUAUUCCGAACUCGAUUCCACUUCCAAUUAAAACACCUGCACAAAGGACACUCGAAGAAAGCCAAUUACGCAUUGCUUAUCCAGUUUCUUCAGGGAUGCAGCACCGAGAAAAAGAUAAUGGGUGGAUACCAGUUAAAAAAGAUGAAGUACCAUCAGUGUGCAGUCCCGUACAAAAGACAAAAUUGGCUCCAGUUCCCAAGGAGAAAGAGAAGGUCGUCUUCAGUACAUUUGAAAUCGUAUCUGCCGAAUCAUUCGUGUUACCACCACCCCCAACACCGCCGAUAUUGGCAUCAUUUACACAGUCCGCCUCUUCUUUGUUGAAUUUGCCUCCACCUCCACCACCACCUGAUUUGUUUUCUGGUUCUUGCAACAUUUCGCAAAAUCAAGAAAAGAAAUCUCCUUCUCUCGAUUUAAACUAUGGUAAUAUUGUCACAGUACCGGAGGAAGAAUCUGUAUUCAGGGAACCAGAAUCCCUCCAUCACACGCCGGCAAAUGUUGGCAGGGUGAUGGCAAAACGAAUAAAAGCAAGUAAGCUGUUAGCGAAAGAUCCGAAUGACUAUGAAGCAAGACACCUGUUGAAAGAAGCUGAUGAUCAGGCAACUUUUUCUCUUAUCCGAUAA